AGUAUCGUUCAUAAGGACCAGGAGAUCACGGUUGGUACUUCUUAACUUAACACCCCACAAAAACUGCAGUACAGCAUAGCACACACACACCCCGUACAUACCAAAGUACAAAUACGGUAGGCCGUCUCUUUCUAGCAAACUGGCACCUGUUUGGCACUUGCGAUUUCUUUCCUUUUCUAUUUAUCCACCCACUCCCCCCUUUCUCUCGCAAGCUACUUUACGAUUGUGUCUGCUAGCAGUCUUGUGCACGUCUCGCCUCGAUCCGCCUCUUCGCCCAUCUCACUCCCUUCUCGUGUACGUCUUUUUAUUGUUUUUAUAGUGGACUCCGUGCGCACACCCGCCCCGAACGCGGUGCUGCUUCAAACGCUAUUCGAUUUUCUUGACAGCGCACCCACGCACACGCGUCUACACAAACACACGUGGCCAGCGCGCCAGACAGUUGUCUCAUCUGCUGUAAACUAGUACUUUGUUGCUGAGGGAGGAGAGUCGAAACAGUAGAAACCCGCUGCGACACACCUAUACGUCCCUCAAACUAUAAGUCUUUCUCCCCCUUUUUUCUUUUCUUUUCUCCUGCCUUUUCUUCUUUUACGUUUAUUACUCGACCGCCGCGUACACGUGUAUCACCACCCUUGCAACAACGAAACCUUCUGUGGUGUACCGUUGCGUGUACUUUGCCCUGUAGCUUGCUCGUGGAAGGAGAGAGGGAUACUGCAAUAACACCUCCCUCUCCACUCCCGCACCUUCACACACACAAACCAACAAAACAAAAAAAUCCUUUCCUCUUGAUUCUCACUAACCCAAGCGUACGCUUCUCCAAAGCAGUAAAACACAAAAGGCAAAACAAGAUCGCUAUCAGGUUUCCGGCCGCUUCUCCUACUUUUUUUUGUUUGUUUACUAUUAUUAUUUUUACUUUUAUUUAUAUCUUUCAUUCGUAUAAGGGAGUGAUUCGCGCCUUAAAAGAAUUUCCUCGCUGUUACGAGAACUGCAACGCCUUUUCUAUUCUUCCUCUCUUUGGACGUUUCUCCCUCUUUGUGUUUUUUGGUUUUACCUCAUGCUUUGGACCUGCAAGAGAUCCUUUUUCGACCUUUCUUUUUUUCCCCUUUCUCUCUUCCUGCGCUUAGCAACAUUUUUCUUUUUUUUGCUUUCCUUGCUCGUUGUCCUUCGCGUUUAUCUCGUUUCUUCCUCUUUUUAUUUUUUCGAAUCUUUCCUCUUCCUUAACUUUCUUCUCGUCUGGAUUGUUUGUUCGUGGUCUUCGCGAAAGCCGUGUGUGUGUGUGUGUUGAUGUAAAACAAAGUGGGGGCGGUCAACGAAGCUGUUGCAGCGCAUUAAAAUGGAAAAGAAGGCGUCACGCAACGCGAAAAGCUUGCAUCCUUAAAGAUCGACAGCCCUUUUUUUUUUCUGGUUUCUUUCUUUCUCUCUUUUUGAGACUUUUCCUUUCAGUAUAUUUUUUCCCUUUUUCUUUUUCGUUGCAGGCGGGUUUUUUUUUCUGUCUCACAAGUUCGCUGUCGCAUUUGUGUGUGCUGUUUCUCCGUAUUAUUCGAUUUCGCUUCAUUUUCAUUUCUUUUUUUUUUCAUUUUUAACUAUACGACCCCCGGCGUCACACCACUCUUUCUCUCCUCUCUGUUUGCUUCUUUUCCCUUCUACGUUUGGGGGCCCCCUCCUCCUCCUGCCUUUCGUUGUACAACCUCGUGGUAGGUGGCGCCGCUGGAAAGCGUCAAGCCCGCACGUAUUCCUCGUCGUCUCACGCUUCAUUCCAUCCGUUGACGCCCUUUCCAUAGCAUACGCCCACAGAGGAUAACAGAAGCGCUUCUCUUUUUUGUUUUUUCCCUCUCUCUCUUCACCAAAGAAAGAAGAGAGAGACAAGAAACACAUUCGCUGUUUUAUUUCUACGUGAUCUAACCUAAGCUUUGCGGGAGAACGUUGGGCGGCAUUUCGCAUGUCCACCCCAGCUUCUUCGCCGUCCUCGGGUGUGCGGAGGCGCGUCAUCUCCUCGCCGCGUAACACCCAGGACCUCAAGCUGCGCCUCGCCACCGCCGACACGAGCAGCAACGGGAACUACAUGAUGGGCUUCGUGUCCCCGCUGUCCGAGCUCGUGUCCGGAUCCCCGUCGCAGCUGCAACCGUUGACGCCCGAGUUGAACGGGCGCCCCUCCGCCGGCCACGGCCCAGGUUGGCCCGCCAGCUCAAACCUCCUCUCUGACAGCAACAAAAAUAGUAAUGCAAGUAAUAGUAAAUCAAAGGCACCACCAGCGCUGGAUAUUGUGUCGCCAACAGCCGCAAGCCGACACAGCGUCAACCGCGGCGAGCGCGACUCCCUGCUGGACCUCGACACGCGCAAGGACAUCCCGUCGAACAGCGUCGACGUCAGCGCGGAGCGGUGUGCGCUGUCGCCCUCUUCUGCGCUCGGUGGCCGCUCCUCCACCUUCACCCCUACCUUCGACACGUCCAACGCGAACUCCUCCGUUACACCGCCGCGCGCUUCGUCGACACCUUUCGGUGAUGCCACGAUGACGCCGCCGCCGAACGCGCCGCGGAGCUACUCGAGGCGAACGGGCGGUCCACGAGAUAGCGUGCCGCCUCCACCGCCGCCGCCGCCACCGCCGUCCGCCACCGGCUUCGGCCUGCGCUCCGCGACGCUGCGCACCGCCGUAGAAAGUCCCACGCACCUCCCGGCCGAGGCGCGGAGUCCGCUUCGGUUGUUGCAGCCGCGGCACAACAUUGAGUUAAAGGGCCUUGCCCGCAUCGGCGACGUUUCCGGCGAGAACGACGUGCCGUACACCUGGGCGAGUUCAUCGGACGACCGCGCAAGGCACAGCGAUGGAAGUCGGCCCUCCGCCGCAUCACUGUCUGUGCCGAAGAUACCCGCGCUCGUGCCCAGCAGCCGCCACCCGCAGACGGGGUCCAUCUUAGCCACCAGCUCGCAGAACAACCCCGCCAACAGCUCCCCCACCCUCACCCCAACCGCCACGUGCAGCAAAGGCGACCAAGGCAACGGCAGCGGCACCAACACCACCCGCACCCCGACUUGCCGCUCGCGCGAAGUACGCGGGAAGGCGUCGCGCGCGCCGCGCCUGGCGAGCCACCUCUUCCUCGAACAACCCACACCGGACAGCUUGGUGCCGACGAAGAGCGAUGCGCCGAGCCCGGCGCUGACGGAGCCGCGGCAGCGCGAUAGCCGCAACGGCAGCGGCGGCGGGCGUAUGCGCACCUCGCGCGGCUCUAGUGAAGGUCGGGUGAGCGUGUCGACGGACAACUCCAAUGUGGCACUGUCCCCGCUGUGCGGGACGUCGCGGCCAAACGCGCUCAACUUCGCGCGUGGGGAGUUGAUCGGCAAAGGCAGCUUCGGCGCCGUCUACCGUGGCAUGCAGCGCAACACAAAUCAGAUCAUUUGCAUGAAGGAGAUCCGCCUGCCUGGCAUUGUCGAGGAGCUGCAGAGGCAGCAGCAGCAGGCCGCCAUGGUGGCCGAGGACGCGACUUCACACGGCCCAGCCCCCGCCUCCACCUCCACCUCCACCUCUACCUCCAUCACCAUUCCUCCUCCGCCUACGCCGCAAGCGGCCGGCACCCCCGACACGAAGGAAAGUGCGGCGCUGCUGCGGCAGCUGCAGGGCGUGAAGCGGGAGCUGGCCCUGCUGAAGCAACUGAACCACCCGAACAUCGUCAAGUACCUGAACGACGAGAUUGUGGACGGGCAACUGCGCAUUUACAUGGAGUACGUCUCCGGCGGCAGCGUUGCCUCGGCGGUGAAGACGUACGGCAGCUUCGCCGAGCCGCAGGCGGCCGCGCUGUGCUGUCAGCUGCUGCAGGGGCUGUCCUACCUGCACGGCCACGGCAUUGUCCAUCGUGACCUGAAGGGCGAUAACCUGCUGCUGGAGACGUCGAGCGUGCUGAAAAUUGCGGACUUCGGCACGGCGAAGAGCGUCAUGGCCUCCGCUACCAUGACGACGAACAUCGUGGGAACGGCGUACUUCAUGGCGCCGGAGAUGCUGCGGCUGGACGGGCUGGUCGGUACCGCGGCGGACAUCUGGUCUACCGGCUGCUGUUUAAUUGAGAUGCUCACCGGCAAGCCGCCCUUGUCGGACAUUCCGAACCAGUACAGCGUGAUGAUGGCCAUCGCCGGCUCGCCCAAGGUACCGCUGGAGAAGUACAUCCCUGCCGACAACACGUGGUCGAGCGAGGUGCACGACUUCCUGAAGCAGUGUCUGCGUCUCAACCCGGCGUCGCGGCCGAAGGCGCAGGAGUUGCUGCAGCACCCGUGGAUUAUAAAGUACUGCGACAGGGAGAUGCUGCUGCUGCACAGCGCGACGACCUCCACUUCCACCACCACGACAACCUCCGUGGCACAUGGAGGAGAGCAGGUGCGCAAUUCAAACGCGUCUGGCAACGUCGGCGGUGCUGUCGGUGCCUUUGCCGUGCCGUCGUCGCCGGACGCAGUGGUGACGGCUACGCCGAAGCUCGCCGCCGCUGCUGCUGCUGCCGCCAUCUCGCCCCUUCCGCGCAGCCUCUGCGGCAGCGGAGAAACGGAAGGGCCGAGUCGCAACGCCACGCCGCGCGAACGGCGGUCAAAGAAAGACCGGCAAGGCGGUGCGUCGCGGCGGCAGCACUCCCGCGACGCACCCAGCCAGAGCUGUAACGGGGCGGGCGCUGGACGAGAGGAGGCGGUCGUGCCCAAAGAUGCCUUUCCCACUCCAAGCCCACCGCCGACAGGGGGCAAUCGACUGUCCGAUGAGACGCCUGCCUCGAUCCCGCUCAACGGUCCCCUCGGACACAACCCCGUCACCGGCUCCCCUCUGCCAUGUCCGCAGACGAGCACCGACUUCCCCGGCAGGACGCGCUACACCGGCGGCCCCAGCAACCCCAGCGCGCCGGAGGACGACCGCAAGCAGAGCUUCAACUACGACUACCCGCUGUCCAGUCCGGCGCGGCUGGCGGGGGUCACGGCGCAGUCCUCCGGCACCUUUCUCCCUGCCAUCCUUGCCCCCGGCGGCAGCGCCGCCCCGUCCGUGUGUGGGACGCACUCCAUCGAGGUUCAGCGCGGCUCGCGUCUCGCACGCGCCCUGAACCUCGGCAGCCUGCGCGACGACACCCGGGCCUAUUACAACCCCAGCGACGGCGACUUGGUGCGGCGCGACUCCGCGCGGCUGGCGAAGGACUUUUCGUUUGGCGCGCACGAGUACGGCCGCGACUUUACCGAUGGCUGCGUUCGUUACGGCAGCGCGGCCCGCAUUCCGUUGCCGGAGUCGGGUCUGGAGCCGGGGCUGUACAGUACGUUGGAUUGCCUUACCGCACCACCCACCGUAGAGGAGGCGCCACCGUCGGCGUCCUCUCGCCGGUCCACGUCACGCCGAGUAGGCCGUGGCGGGUAG